CGAACUGUCAUUUUUCUACUGCAAUUGUUUAUUGAGGAAAAGUGCAUCGGUUUGAUACAUUUCUUUUUGGUGUUUCAUAAAAUAAUAAAAAAAUGGACAAAGCAGAAACUUUAGAUGUUUCAAAUAACAUAGCUGAUAAGAUUGCGACAAAAAAUGCCAGUACGAAUUCACUGGAUACAGCUGAUUCGAAAUCAAGUUCAAUAGGUUCGAAACAAGGAGUUGACGUGGGUGCAACCCGCGACACGCCCUUUGUUUAUCUCGAUGGUGAAGAAGAUCAGGAUCAGAAAAAUGAUGUCACUUACGUGUGUCCGUUUCGGGGACCCGCUUUUGGAGCUUUAACAAUAACCAACUACCGCUUAUAUUUCCGUUCGUUGCCAUUGCGUGAUCAUGAUCCACCUGUUGUUGUCGAUGUGCCAUUGGGUGUAAUUGCGCGAGUUGAAAAAAUUGGCGGAGCAACAUCACGAGGCGAAAACUCUUAUGGCAUAGAAAUAUUUUGCAAGGAUAUGCGUAACUUACGUUUUGCGCAUAAGCAACAAAAUCAUUCUCGUCGUACUGUGUUUGAGAAGUUGCAAUCAUAUGCAUUCCCCCUUUCUUUUAGUGGACGGUUAUUUGCAUUUGCACAUGCCGGCGCAUCCGGACCAGCACCACCUGCAGCUGAAAAUGGUUGGGCUGUUUACGAACCUUUGGCUGAAUUACGCCGUAUGGGUGUACCAAAUGAUAUGUGGCGUAUAACCAAGUUGAAUGAUGCUUACGGUGUUUGCGAUAGCUAUCCCGUUGUUUGGGCCGUACCCAAAGCGGCAUCUGAUGAAUUUUUGCGUCGUGUAGCACAAUUUCGAUCUCGUUGCCGUUUACCCGUGUUAUCGUGGAUACAUCCAAGAUCUCAAGCUACAAUUACACGCUGUUCGCAGCCAUUAGUUGGCGUAGGUGGUAAACGUAGCGCAGAUGAUGAACUCUACCUAAGCUAUAUAAUGGAAGCAAAUGUGCAAUCAGACAAGUUAGCUAUUAUUGAUGCGCGUCCAAGUGCCAAUGCUAUUGCAAACAAAGCGAAGGGGGGCGGUUAUGAAUCGGAGGAAGCAUAUAAGAAUGUGGAAAUACAUUUUCUUGACAUACAUAACAUACAUGUAAUGCGUGAAAGCUUGCGAAAGGUGAAGGAAGCAUGUUAUCCAUCAAUAGAUGAUUCUAAAUGGCUUUCAGCCAUCGAUGGUACAUUGUGGUUGAAGCAUAUUAAAUGCAUUUUAGCAGGAGCUGUACGAAUUGUAGAUAAAGUAGAGACAAUGAGUACCUCUGUAGUGGUACACUGCUCGGAUGGUUGGGAUAGGACGGCACAACUAACUGCACUGUCCAUGCUCUUGCUAGAUCCAUAUUAUCGCACAUUACGCGGCUUCGAAGUGCUCAUUGAGAAAGAGUGGCUGUCUUUUGGACAUAAAUUUCAGCAACGCAUCGGACAUGGUGAUAAUCGUCAUUCGGAUGCCGAUCGCUCGCCGGUUUUCUUACAAUUCAUUGAUUGUGUGUGGCAAGUUAGUCAACAAUUUCCAAACGCUUUCGAAUUUAAUGAACAUUUUUUGAUAACAAUUAUCGAUCAUUUGUACUCCUGCCGUUUCGGUACAUUCCUGUGUAACACCGAAGCUGAGCGUGUGGCAGAAGAUCUUAAACAUAAGACUGUUUCGCUGUGGACAUAUAUUAACGGCUCAUUAAAUCAGUAUUUAAAUCCGUUGGCCUUUUCGCAUGGCGCACAAACUGUAUUACGCCCCAUUGCUAGCAUGAGGUAUGUCAAAUUGUGGAAAGGUCUUUAUUGCCGUUGGAAUCCGAGCAUACGACCACAAAAUCGUAUAUACCACCGCACACGGGAAUUGCUGGCAUUACAGGAUCAGCUCAUAAAGCAGGUCAGCGAUUUACGUAUGAAGACGACUUCACGGCAAACAGCACAAACUUCGACUCGGCUUGCAUCACCGAUGCAUUAAAAAUUGUUUAUAUAUAUAUAUAUUUUUUUUUAUUUUGACUAUAUAAAUACAUAAAAGUGCACACUUUAUGCUCAUAUAAAAAUUCCAUUUAUUAUUUAUUUAAUAUUUUUUUAAUUAACAUUCAUAUGAGUAAACUGAAUAUGACAAGUUUUCUGUAUCACUUUGCUACUUUAUAUUCAUAUAACUUUAAUUUAUGCAAUGUCUAAAACAAAAAAAAA